UAAUAAUUGAUCUUUUGUAUUCUAACUCUGAAGAACAGUGAUAUUAAAGCAGUGAAAGCACUUUGCUAUGCUAUAAGUUCGUGACAUUCUCACGGUUAUUUCACAUCGCAUACGUUCGAAUGAGAAGAUACACGACUCGUAGUUGAAUUAUGCAAUAAAAAAUAUAUAAAAGAUACAUAAGUGUUCAAAUAAAUUAAUUGAUUAAUAUUAACACUUGAAUUUUAAGUAAAUUAAAAUGAGUUUUAGAAAUUGUCACGAUCAGUCCGUUUCAUUUACCCUUGCCUGCAUUGGUUUAUACCAAUCUUCAUAUAAAUGACUAACGUACCAAUCAUCUUAUAUUUAAUUUGAAACUAGUCUUUUGUAAUCCAACUUUGAAGAAUAGUGAUAUUGAAAGCGUAAAAGUACUAUAAUAUAAGAAAGUUCGCGAUAUUCUCACGUUUAUUUUAUAUUGUAUACGUUCGAACUAAAAGAUGUGUAGUGUAAUUGAGUUAUGCAGUAAAAAAUGUAUAAAAGAUAAACAAGUAUUUUUUUUUUUAAUGAAUUAAUUUAUGUUGACAGUUGAAUUUCAAAUAAAUUAAAAUGAGUUUUAGAAACGGUCAUGAUCAGUCCGUUAUAUUUAUGAUCGUCUUCACUACUCUGCAUCAAUCUUCAUAUAAAUGACUAACGUGCCAAUAAUCUUAAAAUAUAGUUAAGAAUAUGUUCUUGAUAUUUUAAAAUACAUCGUUGUUAAAUUAUUUAAAUUUUGUGAAAAAUGUUGAAAAAGUCAGAACUAAUAAUUAAUAAACGUCGAAAUCUUUGACAUGUGUAAAAUAGUACGAAAAGGUUAACGUAAAUCGGUGAAAUGUAUGAUACUAUUUUAAAAUUUGAUUGAAAUUCAUUUCAAAAAUAGAUAGUAUUAUAUAUAUAUAUAUACACACACACAUAUAAAUAUAUAAUAAAAAAUGAUUUUUCUAAAGUCUGUUUUAUUCUACUGUUCAUUAGUCACAUUAUUUUUAUUUCUAUUAUUAUUAUAUAUUCUGGGGGGUGUGCGAUACAUUACUGAUUUUGAAGAAAAUACUUGUGAAAUGACUUAUAUGUUUGAAUAUCCGCAAUAUGUGAGGAUUGCUUUGGAUGAUAAUAUAGAGAACAAAUAUCCACGAUUUGGAUUGUACGCAUAUGGUGAAGGUUUUCUUACAGAAAAAUUAAGAAGAAUGUAUUUCACAGGAAUACCUGUUCUUUUUAUCCCUGGAAAUGCAGGAUCUCAUGAACAAGUAAGGUCUAUUGCAUCUGUUAGUUUGAGAAAAAGUCAGAAAGAUCGAACGCCUUUUCACUUUGACUUCUUUACCGUAUCAUUGGGUAAAGAUUAUUCUGCUUUAUAUGGAGGUGUAUUGAUGGAAGAAACUAUAUAUGUUUCUCAUUGUAUAAACAAAAUUUUAAGUCUGUAUAAAGGAAACAUGAAUAAUGUUGUACUUAUUGGUCAUUCUAUGGGAGGAAUCAUAGCCAAAGGAGCUAUUUUAUUAGUUCCAAAUGCAAAUCCGAGUACUGUCAGUAUUAUUAUCAACUUAGCAACCCCUUCUAUGCCAUCGCUAGUGUUUGAUAAUACUUUUGCCACUUAUUAUUAUAAUCUAGAGAAAAAAGCAAACCAAAUUAAAGAUGCUGGGAUAACAGUGGUAUCAAUUGCUGGAGGGCCAAGAGACAUUGUUGUACCAGCAAAUCAAGCCAUAGAUCCUAUAGCGGAUAUAAAUAUUCUUACUACAAGUAUACCAGAUGUUUGGAAAUCUACCGAUCAUCUUUGUAUUCUAUGGUGCAAGCAAUUGGUGCUUUCUAUAGUGAGAUUUUUAUUUGAUAGUGUUGAUUAUACACAAAAACCAGCUCGAAUUUAUAAUGACCCUGCUCGUAAAUUGGAAGCCUUAUCUUAUCAUUUUUUACAUCGAAGUUCAGGAAAAAGAUUAUAUCAUUUUAAAGAAAAAUUUAAUUUUGAUAAAAAUGGCGAAUGGAUAGAAAAUAUACAAAGGCAAUACACAUGGGAGAGUAAAGUUAACAGUUCUAGAAAAGGUUCUACAUAUUUAAUGAUUAGACUCACAGAUCCACGUGAUCACUUGACAAUUGAGACAAUAAACUUAGAAACAAAAGAUUGGCUCUUCGCUUGUUCUGCAUCAAAUUUGCAAGGCUAUUCGAGAGUGUGUGAUUGGGGCUGGAAUCUUACAAAUAGGACAAGGAUGGCUCCAGAUCAUUUACACAAACUCAGACGUGUUGUUGACUUAGAUACACAAGAAAUUAAAUAUCCACAUGUGACACAUAUUGUUAUUAGAAUGACUUCAGAAGAUUUAGAAAACAAUGUUAUAGUUACUAUUGAUGGAUAUUCUCAUGAAAAAAGAAUUUUGCCUAUUAAAAGUAGGAAUUGGGUUAUUGCAAACCUUUUUAAUUCUGAUUUAUCUGGUUUGAUAAAUUUUGCACCUGGACAAACAAGAUAUUACGUAACUCUAGAUAAAAUAAAUGUAAUAGAUGUAGAGCUUAAAAAUAUUGAAUGCAAGAAUAUUAAAGGACCAGUUCACACUAGUAUUGAAUUAUUAGAAUCAUGGAAUUCUGGCACUAGUCAAACUAUAUUUUUAAGUGAAAUAGAUAAUGGACCCAAAACUAUGAAAGUACAGACACAUUACAACUAUAAUACCAAUAGUUCUGCAAUCUUAAGGAUGACUUUAGAACCGAAAUGCGCAUACAAAUUUAACAUCAAAGAAGGUGGCAUAAUAGAUCAGAUUUCUUGUUUAGUGCGAGAUCGCUGGUCUGUUCUUUAUACAAUUAUCAUAAGUUUACUCUUAAUAAUAAUAUCGUUGCGAAUAGAUAGCGAUAAAAACAUGACUCCAUCAUUAAUUGUUACAAUGGCUUUAUGUAUCUAUUUUGGUCUUGUUUUUGAAAGUUGUGUGGCUUUGAGCAUCAUUUGUCUAUUUGCUAUUGGUACAUGUUGUUCUGUUAUUUUCCUUGGUUCAUUGGCACAUGGUAUAGCUGUAAGGUUUCUAGCACGUGCAAUAGCAUUUUCAGUAACAUGGGCUGACUGGUUACUUGGUGGAUUGAAUCAGUUACCAUUCUUCACAACAAUUCUUGUCAUAUCUUUAGUUCCAGCAACAUGUGGAGCAUUGUCUAUGAUUAUCUCAGUAUUUUUGCACUUUUUAAAAUUAACGAGAAUGUAUGAAGAUUAUUUAGAAGAAUUAUUAAUGUCUUGUUUACAACAUUUUACCUUUGGUAGAGUUUUUAGGAAUAGAACAAGAACAGAUAUUACAAACACCAAUGAAAAUACUCAGCAAAAAAUAGUGGAUUAUAUGAUUCUUUUUAUUUUAUGGAGUUUCGUUACUAUUUCUGCUAUGCCAUCUGUUCUUGUAUGGGCAAAAAAUUUCAGUUAUAGUACACGAUUAUUAACAGAAGACCCUAUACUGCUUGUUAGUUGGGAAACUCUAGCUGUAUGCAGCACUCUUGAACUUGUACAAAUGUCUUCCAAAUCUUCAGAAUCAUGGAUAUUAAGCAAUAUAUUACGUUUUUUAAGUUGGAUUAUGCUUUCCACAGCAGCGACUGUUCGUCCAUCCUUUUAUCAAUGGUUUAUACCACCUUUUGUGGCAUUAGUUAUAGCUAUUCUCUCUCUUCAUUGUAUCAUUACUAAGAGAUUAAACUCAUAAUACAUGAAAUGAGUAGAUGAAAUAUUUAUGAAGGAAAUAAAGAAAUUUGAACUGCAUCAUAAAAUAAAUGAUUUUACUUGUUAUUCGUGAAAAAAAUUAGAUAUACAUAUUCGAUAAUCAAACUUAUGUAAUCUAUGAGUGCAUAAAGUAGUAACAUGUUGAUUCUAAUAUACAGAUAUUUUUAAAUUGAGCAUACCUAUACACAAUAAAUAAUCCUAUUUAUAUAUAAACUGUCAAAGAAGUUUUAUAAGUAUUUUUCAUUGACUUUCCAUCAAAGUAUAUGUAUACAAUUUACAAAUAAUGUAGUAAAAAGUCAGUUUAACUUAGAAUCAAAUUAUUUUAAAGUAUUGGAUGUCUAUUUUUCCAUCUGAUAGAAAUGACGCAAUAUGCACGUAUACAAAGAAUAAUGCUUAUUCCCAAAAGUAAUAAUAAAUCAUAUACUGACAAUAUAUUUUAGUGUUUUAUACGAACCAAAUGUAAGAAGUAUAGCAAUAUAUUGUAUUAAUACAUUAAUAAUACAAUGCCCAUUCAUUUUCUUGAAGAAAAGUAUCCACCACUUCUUUCAUAGCUAAAUUUGGAAUCAAUUGGUCUUGUGUUAAUCGAACACGUGUAACUGGAUCAAAAUGUCCCACCCUUUGUAAGUGUUCUUCAAUAUCUUUUCGUUCAUAAGUAAUUCCACUAGGUGUUAUGACAGGUUCUUGAAGUAUUUCAAAACUAAUUUUCCCACAUAAGUAAUCUGGUACUUCUCUUUUCUAUUAAGAUUAAUAUUGGUAUUAAUUAGACUAGAUUUACAUGAAGAAAUAGCAUAUGAAUUAUAAUAAUGAACAAUAAUAUAAACUGACCCUUCUUCUGUCAUCUACUUUAGCAAAUAAAUCAUUAAGAUGAGCUGUACAAAUA